CACGCUCGCAAUAGCCGUCGCAGAGAGCGGAAUCAGCCAAGCAGCCGCUGCGAUUGUACAUUGGAUUGUACGGUCCUUCGUGAAUCUGCACCCGAAAUUUCGGUCGAACUGUCAAAGUCUGCGGCUGGCGGCGGCCAAAACUUGGCUCCAACCGGCGCUCGUUGCGAUUCGGCCCGUGUUAAAUGCGUGCGCGACUCUCGGCGCGAAGAAUUGCCAUUUAAGGAAAGAUGGAUCGACUCGGCAACUUGCAGGCUGGGGUUAAUGUCGAUAUCCAACGGACUGACGGUCGUGUACACACAGCAGUGAUUUCCGGAGUGAACCCCGAGACAAGCAGUGUCACAGUAGAAUGGUUCGAGAAGGGAGAAACCAAAGGGAAAGAGAUCGAGCUAGACGCUUUGUUGAGACUGAACCCAGAGCUGCAGGAAUCUGUCGAAGAAGCACAAAACAUUCUACCCAGCAAGCUGAAAAGGAGACAAAGCGCUCCAAGCACCCCAAGAUCCAAUGUCCGGCGAUCAUCGUCGUUAGUCCGGAAGCCGUCCACCGCCACCGAUUCUGGCAACAGACUGUCCAGUAUCCCGGUGCGCACCACUGCAAACGCAAUCAACCAGUUUUCUCAGGAAAAUUUGAUGUAUGUUGACACUCGCCGGACCACAAACACAAUGGCACCCCUGAUCGUCAGUGGGUCAAUGACAAAUGUGAGCUCAGCCGGUCGCCUCAGAAGCCAGAGCGUGUCUCAGGGUUUGCGAAGCCGACUUCCCACCAUCAAAGGUUCACCCACAGGCAGUAACCCACAGACGCGAGGGUAUGUCGCCAAGCAGCAAGUCUUGACUGCACGAGUUGCCACUGUUGAAGAUCAGAAGGGUCAAAACACCCGUUCACGAGUUGCCAGGCAAAAUGGCAGGGAGACUAUGGUGCCCACGCCUGUGGCCGUUGUUCCAGAAAUCAACACGGAACCAGUCCACCAACCAUCAGCUAUUCCACAAGUUGCUGCCUUAGCCAACGGCAAGCAAACUGGCGGUCGAAGGAGCAACGUGGUCAAAGAAGUGGAGCGACUGAAGAAGAACCGUGAGGAGAGACGUCUCAAGCAGGCUGAAUUGAAGGAAAAUAAAGAGGCUCUUAUGAAUCAAGAUCCAGGAAAUCCAAAUUGGGAGUUCAUGGGAAUGAUAAGGGAUUAUCAAGCUGGCCUUGAUUUCCAACCUUUGAGAGCGACCGACAAUGUAGAAACUCAUCAAAUCACAGUUUGUGUCCGAAAGAGACCACUGAGCAAGAAGGAGCUCAACCGCAAAGAGGUGGAUGUGAUCACUGUCCCGACAAAAGAUCAGAUGGUGGUUCACGAGCCAAAGCAGAAGGUGGACUUGACUAAGUACCUUGAGAACCAGCACUUCCGCUUUGACUAUGCCUUCGAUGACACCACUAGCAACGAGAUGGUGUAUAGGUUCACUGCACAACCGCUAGUCCAAUUUGUAUUCGAGGGUGGCAUGGCUACCUGCUUUGCCUAUGGUCAGACUGGCAGUGGGAAAACACACACCAUGGGAGGCGAUUUCCAUGGACGCACACAGGACUGCAAGAAGGGCAUCUACGCUAUGGCAGCUGCUGACGUCUUCAAACUGGCAAAUUCUCCUAAAUUUAAAAGCCUGAACAUCAGGAUCUCUGCUUCGUUCUUCGAAAUUUACAGCGGGAAACUGUUUGAUCUCCUUGCUGACAAAGCCAAACUAAGGGUGCUGGAAGACGGCAAGCAGGAGAUUAAAGUUGUUGGCCUGACAGAAAAAGUGGUGCACAAUGUUGAUGACGUUUUGAAACUGAUUCAGCACGGUAAUAAUGCUAGAACAUCUGGCCAAACAUCAGCAAACAGCAACUCGUCGCGAUCGCACGCUGUCUUUCAAAUUGUGUUGCGCCCUGCUGACCAUCCAAACAAACUCUACGGAAAAUUCUCUCUGAUCGAUUUAGCAGGAAACGAGCGUGGCGCUGACACUUCUUCAGCAAAUCGUCAAACAAGAAUGGAAGGAGCCGAGAUUAACAAGUCUUUGCUUGCCUUAAAGGAGUGCAUUCGUGCUCUUGGUAAAAAGGGUGCACAUUUGCCCUUCAGAGCUAGCAAGCUCACUCUCGUUUUGAGAGAUUCAUUUAUUGGAGAAAAGUCUCGCACAUGCAUGAUUGCUAUGCUGAGCCCUGGUCUGAGCUCAUGUGAGCACUCGUUGAACACUCUCCGCUACGCCGACAGAGUGAAAGAACUGGCGGUGCAGGACCCUAGUGAAAAACACGGCGCACAAACAGCAGAACCCAACCAUGCUGAAGACGAGGAUGAUCUGCGCCAGCUUAGAUCCCUGAAUGAACAUGAGCUUUCAGCAGACUUAAUAACAUUCCACCAAGCAGUGUCACAGUUGCAAAUUAUGGAGGAUGAGCUUCUAGAGUCGCACGCCAGACUUGCCGAAGAGUCGGAAAAAUGGCUUGAGCUUGACAGGAGGUUCCUGACCCAUACUGCUGAGGUUGAUUACGAUCAAGAAGAGUACUCACAGCAGCUUCAGGAGCUGAUUGAAGAAAAAAUGGCUGCUUUGCACCAACUGAAAGACAAGGUGAUUGCCUUCCGAAAGCAACUGACAGCCGAGGAGCAGCUAAGCCAGAGAAUGGUGCGACCCACCUGGAACAACCACCACUAAUUUUGUUUUCUGAUUUGCACACGCCCACACAAAAUUACUAUCUCAAAUUUAAUAAGCCUUAUUCUCAGAUAGUUAGCAAUCCUCAAAAGACAAUGGAUUAACCCAAAUUGUACUUGCUUCUCAUUGAUCUUUUAAAGUUUUCCCAAUAACAAAUUGAAGUCUAUUAAAAAAAUUACCUAAUGCUAAUGUGUAAGUUGUCCUAACAUUUUGGAGGUGCUUCUGGAACUACUACACAUUGCACUACUCACUCAAUAGCUUUUCUGAGUUGACCAGCUUGUGAAUUUUUUUGGCCGAGUUUUAUUAAAGAGAAGUAACAAUUGAAAAAAAAACUAUUGUAACCUAUAAUGACUGACCUGACGAUUGUUCGAUUAUGGAGGCAUUAAAUUGAUAUGUUCGUAUUUAUAUUUCGAGCAAGAAUGUGAUGCUGCUGGUUCAAUUUCAGAGAAAGCGAAAAAUCAACUAAAACGCACAGCAGAUUACUAAUCAUUGCAUUUUAUUUAUAAUUUGAAAGUUUUUGAUGUUGAAGUCCACACUGCAAGUCUUUAUGGACAUAAUUUAAUUUAUCAGCAACAAUUUUUGUGACUAGAUGCCGGUUAAUGAGGCUCUAGAUAACAUUUAUUUGAGGAAAAAAGAUAAUUCAUGUUGUAUGUUUUCCAAAUGUCAAAAAUUCUGUUGAUUAUUUUUACAAAAAAAGUGUCUGGGAGGGUUGCGUAAUAUAUAAACUAGAUAAUUUUCAUACAUAUGCUAAUUGCUAGUUUAUGAUUGCAAAAAGUGGUCCACCGUUUUUAGACACCCCUUAAUAACUAUAUCAAGCUUUUUGGUCUGGACGCAGGGUUCAGCGGUGGACUGACGUAAACUGGCAACCCCCUAGCAUAAAAGGUGCCUCUUAAUUCAUUUUCAGAAAAAAAUUGUUUCUUUGACUCAAAAGUAUCGAGAAUGGCCGUGAAUCCUCUUGUAUAAAUUAUAUUGUGUGUCUUGUAUUAUUUCGUGGAAACCUCAAACAGAAACAUCAUUCCUGAAUUUUAAUAGGAGAAGUCGUUAAAUUAUUAAAUAAACAGUAUUAAUUAAAUCGAUUCAU